UUGUGACUGGAAAACGGCGGAGAGAGAGAGAACAUCAAGGAAAGAGCCAAGCUGUUGAAGGAAGUUUCUGGCAAGAGCAGAAGUGAACUAGAGAUGGAGGUCGGCGGGAAAGAGGAAGAAAAGAAAGCAGGGGUACGGGAUAUCAAACUCUGAGGAGUCAGCGGAUGAUCAAAACAGGACAGCAAAACAAUGGAAAGAAGAUUUGUUUGGUGACGUGCCCAUUGGACUUUCCCCGGGGUUUGAAGUAUGGUAAUCAGAAUCAACAAGAUCCAGCAUCUUAUAAGUUUCCUCCUGCUUUUUAUUGCAUUAUCCUACAAUGUAACACAUGCUGCAACUGGAGCCACUACAUUGUCCUACAUGAACAUGACGACUGAACCUUAUUCAAAUGUGACAAAUGGAAUGGAAAUACCAGAAAAUUUCUCCUGUCAGACAUUCAACUGCUCAGGCUACGAGUGCUAUGAGAACCAGAACGACUGGGAGGAAUGUCCCUCGGCUCACAUGUACUGUGAGUUUUAUCGUACCUCCAAUGACUCGUACUGGGCGGGCUGCAGCGACAACUGUGCUGGCACGGACAACAUCUGCUGGAAUGCCUCACAGACCAUGUGUACAAUGGAGUGCUGCAACACAACGCUCUGCCUGAUGCUGAAUGGCACAAUCCAAGAACUACGCUGGGAUUAUGAAACGACCGAACCUAUGACUGAAUUUACAACAAUGGAAACAACACCGAUGCCAACAACUGCUGCAACAACAAUAGGCAGUGGCAAUAGGUGUAGAGUGGUUAGCUGUACUGGAGAUACCUGCUACCAAUCUCAAGCUCCCGAACAAGAAUACUGCACUGAGGCAGAACCAUACUGCAAGCUGGAAAAGGAGACAAGUAGCAACAAAUGGACAAGUGGCUGUGACAGUAGCUGCAAUACAGUCUCAUCUGGAUGUUCUUCCAGCGGCAGUGCAUCAACAUGUAUCCAGGAGUGUUGCCAGGCAACCACUGACUCCUGUCUGAAGUUAGACGGACAAGAAUAUUUGUUGGGAUCUGCAAGUAUGGCACAGUCUAUGAAGGUGAUGAUAUACGCAGUUGCUGCGUUUACUUUGGCUAAUCAGUUUUCUCCCUUUAGUUUUUAAAAGCAAGAGCCAAUAAUUGACACCACACCUUGUAAAAUUCGGACAUCAGCACCACACUGCAUAAGCCUUUUUAUGUCAGUAUUCCAAGUGAGCAGAUUUUUUUUCUGUGAAACUAAUUAGCCUUAAUAUAAUUAAAACUACAAAUUUAUCCACCCAAAAGAAGAUUAUAGUAUAGAUAAUCGGUUUCAGUUCUGUUGAGGUAAUAAUUCUCUCUCUUUCUCUCUUUAUCUUUCUGUCUGUCUCUCUGUCCAUUUCUUUCUCUCUCUCCCUCUCUCUCUUUCUGUCUAUUUUUCUCUCUCCCACUCUCUCCCUCUCUCUCCUCUCUCACAUUUUCACACUCUAUGAGCGUCAUUGUUAAAAAGACCAAAAGCAGCAAGUAGAAAGAAAGGAAGGAAGUCAGAAGAACAUGAUCAAAAUCAGAUCAAAACAUUAAAAGGAGCAUGAAUGCUUUAGCUCUGUUAACACCACAGGAGUUUUACCAUGUUAAGUAUCACAGUCUCAAGAUAUUCAGUGAACAAUGACCUUCAAACUAGUUAUAGGCUUUAUCAAGGUCCAUGGAAAAUAACCAACAAAUGCAUUCUAAUUACAAAAGAAAGCAAACUGCUUUCAAUAUUUCUGUUUUCACUUAAAGUUGCUUUUGGGUGUCUCAAUGCAUGAUGCAAAAUGGAUGAGAAAAUGGAACACCGUUUCCUUGCCAAACUUAAAAAAAAGAAUAUCAACCAUAGGCCAAAUGUUAGCACAGAAAGCAGUGUUUAUUCACAGAUAUUUGAUACUGAAAUGGAUAUCAAUAGUUUGAAAUUUGAUGUGCUGACUGCAGAUGGCGUGACAUAAAACAUGAACUUUUCUGGAAAUUUUCAUCUCUAUAGCACCAUGUUAUAAAAAUGCAUAAAGAACUAUACAGAAAAAGGCUUAUGCAGUAUAUGUCACGGUUCUAAAUAAGCGUCAAUCAUUGUAAUGUCAAUUGAUAUAUAUUAUAAAUAGUUAAGGGGCCUGUUCAGUGCUGCAAGUCUGCGUUGUUGAAAUAUUUUUAGCUUCUUGUAAAUAACAAUAUUUUUUGAUUUAAAAAAAAGGUGAUGGAUCUGUGGCAGAGAGAAGUUGUGCUGUUACCCUUGCUCUUCAUUAUGCAAUGGAGGAAGUGCAGAAGGAAGUAUGAAAGUAUGGUGUGGGGUAAACAUCAAGGAAAUCUAAGAAGCUCUGAGCAGCAUUAAGAUCCCAGUAACUGCUAUUCUCCACUCUCAUAUCCUCCAAUAUCCCUCUUAAAUUGCAGAUCAUGCUGAAGCUGAGGCAAAAUCCGGUUCAUUUUUGGUUCUUUACUACAGGCCAUUCACCCCCUUACAACUGCUCCGCUGUGCGAUGUUAUGGUGAUAUUUUCCUAUAGCACUGCUCUCCUGUGCUAAUCCUGUAACCUUUAAUUCCUUUAAUUAUUUACAGAAAGCUCAGAAACAUCAGUUUGAAUCCUCCAUCUGGUUGUUUCUAUCUGUAAUGAAUAAGAGCCAUUAUCUGUGAAAGAGUGAGGGAUGCAAUGAGCUCAUUGGACAUCUCUCCCCAACUAAUUAUCAUUAAAUAUUACAUGUGUACACAAGUAACAUUCAAUGUUGAAUACUUUUCGAUGGGGAUAAUAUACCUAUUUUCUAAAGCAGAUUGUACGAGCAGUUACCUAGAAGACAAAGGGACUAAACAACAGGAAAGCAUUUUCCUUAUUUAUUAUGGUUAAGAAAUUAUGUGAGAAUAUGCAUAGUACAACAUUAAAUUUGUGGGCCGGUUUGUGGUGUAGUGGCAUCAGCACUGGACUUCGAGGCAGAUGGUCCUGGGUUCAAACCCAGCCAGGUCCCAACCGGCGCAGCGGCAGUAUCUGUGCAGAAGAAAUCUACUCCUGUAUCUUGCCAUGAAAACCCUAUAGACCCUAUGGUCCAUGUGGUCACGACUUAGUGACUGGACAACAAACAUCAAAAUUGUAAACUGAAAUUUGGUCAUCAACCCCAUCAGCUCAUGUGGAUGUUUACUUCUCCAUAAGUUGAAACAGGUCCAACAACCUGUUCUCAUGUCCAUUUAACCUCGGUAAUUCAAGUCACUAUCAUAUCUAAUAUUGACAUAAUUUUGGCCAAAUCUAGAGUAAGAUCCACAGAAAACAAAAGAGAGAUUUCAACUUGGCACUGGAAGCACUUCCAUUUAUUUUGUCACCUGUUCACUUUUUAACAAUACUGUGGAAAAUGCAGGAAUGAAAGCUGAUCUUUCACUCCACAACCAACCCACUUCUAUAAGUCAGAAGUUUCCCGAAGCACCAGAGAAUGAUUUGUAUGCUGCGGCUUUACCGUUUGCCUUCCUGAUCUGCAAGUAUCUACACUGAAUUGGCAUUAUUGACAUCCACUCCGUGCAGUUUCAGUGCUGAACAGGCCCGUUAAGAAUGAUCUGAGCAAAGUCAAAUGUAACUCUGAAUGGUUGUAGUUGCUGUUAUAUUUACUGCAGAGCACAUAAAUAGUUGCUGUUAUAUUUACUGCAGAGCACAUAACCAAUGCAGAUUCUGGCAAGGUCUGGUCACCCUGCUCGUCUGUGAAUAUGUAGUCGAAACCUAUGUCUCGUGAUGUUUGCUUCAACCACAAAAUAUAUGUUUGACUGGAAUAUAAUAAAAUUCAAACAGAAUUAUAUUUCUAUAAUGCUAGAGUAAUGUAUAGAAUAUGAAUAAAGCAUAUAAGAGAAAUUAUAUUCCUCACUUGAGCAACAAUAAUCUGUUUUUUUUCCCUCCCUAAACAAUGAUAUUGGGUUUUCAGGAGCUGUGUCAUUUCAUUCGUUUUGUUUCAGAUUAUUAAUUAAUAAGAGUUAUGAACUUUCAGUUUUUGUUAAAGGGAUGAUUUCAAUCUCUCAAAGAAUUAGCGGAAAGCAGCUGGGGAUUUCAAUUAGCAUGUUAAUAUUUCAACCACUUUACUCUUUCUGUUAUGUGAGGCUCAGAGGUAAUUAAGUACAUUUGAAAAUAAAAGUGUGUUCUGAUUUAAAAACUUUCCCCAUGUUUCUCUGCUUCAAUAGUCAUUCUAGUGAAACCCACUCAUUUGGGAUUGGUCUACAUUGCAAUUCUGACCCUACCAAGUUCCCAGCAACACUAAAAAAUUAUCAACAGUAUCAGCUACCAGCGGCUGGGCACUUUGAUAGAUUGCUGCAUGUCAUUUUAAUUAAGAGGCAAUGGAUAACAAUAUUAAUCAAGUUUCAAUUUGACACCAUCCAUUAAUUGCUGAUCCCAUCAUUGUUUUUUUUAAUGAUAACAGUCAUUCAGUGGUAGAAUGAAAAAGAACUUGCAUUCUAGUUUUCAAUUUUCAAUUAUUGAUUUGAUAUAACCUUAGUUGAUUCCACUUUGACCUACUAAUUGCAAAAUAUAAACUCAUCCUAACUUUUUUUUAAGCUACCCGGGUUUAGCUCCAACUAACUUUUACGUCUGACAUUGCAGAUCGCUACCCCUUUUCUGAAACGGGUGGCACGGUAGCAUAGUGGUUAGCACAGUGCUUUACAGGACAGGCAACUGGGUUCAAUUCCGGUCACUGCCUGUAAGGAGUUUGUACUUCCUACCCGUGACCUCAUAGAUUUGCUCCGGGUAUUCCAGUUACCCCUCCGCACCACCCACCGCCCCCCCCCCCCACACACACACACACACACACACACACACACACACACACACACACACACACAGAGUCCAAAGGUAAGUUAAUUGUGAAUUGUUCUGUGGUUAGGUUACGGCUAAAUUGGGGAAGGGCCUAUUAAAAAGUUCCUGAUAUUUGGAAGCAGGAAAAAGGAUUGGCACAACUCUCGGUUAUAUUAAGUAUCUCUGAGUCUCCUGACAUCUUUGAGUUCUGCAUCACUAUGGAAAAAGAAAUGCAUAUUAUCUAAGUAUCAUUAAUGUGGUUAAAUCACUUUUUCCAUAAUCUAUCACAGCUAUUUUUGAAUUAGUUCUAACAAAAGCAUAGCAGAAGAUUGUGUUCCCGACAAUGGCUACAAGUGUUUAACUGUGCUAUUGUUCCGGAUAAUGUUAUUCUUUUGGUUUCAGGCAAUUUCCAACAGUUCAUAGCUCUAUGUGGCAUCUAUGUUUAAUUAAAUGAGCACUAAUAAAAUUAAAU